AUGCUCGGAACACGGUGCCUCCUCAGGCAGGCGCUGCUUCCUCGGCACUACCCUUCGCGGCCACCACCGCCGACCCGCGAGCUGCUCCAGCGAGCAGACGCCCUCCUCCGUGAACGGCCAACAACAACGAGCGCCUGCCACACGCACCUCGACACAGUUUACGCGCUGAUCAAAGAUCUGCAACCGCGAAAUGCGCAAAGGGAGAGCUGGAAGGCGUGGAGCGCCAAGAUGAAGCUGUGGACCCACUGGCUCGACGGCAUCAGACAGCUGCACGGCCUGGGUGCGCUCGCCUUGCGAAAGCCCGACGGCCGACAACGCCUAAAGGCAGACGACUUCACGCCGCUCCUGCUCUCGCUCCAGUCUCCGAGCUGGAUGGAAACCCGUGCUGCGAAGGAAGGCACCGUGAAGCCCGACAUCGACCGCGUUUUCAAGACAAUGUACGAGCUCGGCCUGCGCCCGACGCCGUUCCACCUCAUGCUAGCGCUGCAGCGGGUGCCGAUUGGGGAAAUGCUCGGCCGCGCGGAGAGGAUAGAGAAUCCCAAGUCUGAGGCUCUCGGAGGGCUUGACAGGGUUGCGCUCCAGCUCCGACCCAUGCUUCGCCGGAGUAUGCUGAGCCGGGUGGGUCUGCGCCGCCGCUCCGGUGUGCGACACCACGAGGUCGAGCUGCAGAAGCUGCAACACUACGUCGAUUGGCAGGUCAUCGAGGCCGUGGCCCGGGGAGAUGCGAGGUUUGAGCCUGCGCUCCAGGCCGCCAGGGAGUCGAGAGCGAAGCUGCUCGCGAGUCUUCUAGACAAGAUCAUCCGUGCCGACCUUGGCGAGGACGUGCGGAUAGAGAUGGAGGAGCUCAACGCUGCGUUCCUCCACAUCAUGGAUGUGCUGCAGCUUGGCACGUCGCCGGGGUUCGUCGACUCGGAGGGCAAAGGUGUCGACCUCGCGGACCCGAUUGAGGCGUACAAGCUGCUCGUUGCUGGCACCGACAUUUUCAAGCGCGGGGACGGCGGCCAGAGCCAGAGCCUGCCCUCACAGAACAGUCUCCGACAACGGCGUCUGAACCGCAUCGAACACAACUCCAACCACCUCCAGUACUAG